AUGGCCGACGUAUUUUUGAGUUUCUUCCGGAGUUCCUUGCCCGAUGAACUUGCGGCGGUAAUCGAGACUACCAUCAAGGCGACCGAAUCAGGGGACUUUCAGUUUGUGCUUCAAUCACCAGAGGCACAACUAUUACUAGGCCAUCAGGACGAUGAAAUUACUAAGAACGUCAAGAGAAGCGAUUUUGGACUGUGGAGCGACUAUAUUUUCCAUCGCCUUGGGUCAAUAUUGUCAAAGCGAAAGGAAGAAGAGUCUACUCCCGCAAACGAAACUGCGUUUUAUCGACAGCAUGUCUAUUUCUUGAUUGCAGUUGCUGCGCUACAUGCGUUCCUACAGUCGAAUGUUACUGGCCCACCGCUACCUUUCAAGUCGGCUGAAGUGCUGCUACCAAAGGAUAUCGCAGGUGACGCGAAAGCCCUGACUAAAACGCGCGGAGAACUUGUUACAUCAUUGAACGCCGACGGUGUUGCAGCAUAUAGGCUCACGCCAAAUAUCGAGCUGCUUUGCUUAGCAGACACCAUUCUCAUCAGCCCGCCCAUCCAGAAGAACAUUCCCGUCUCAGUAUGGGCCAGACUAAGGACCAACUUUAUCCACCAGAGACUGCUCAGUGAGGCAGCGCCAAGCCUGCAGGACGCCAUCUACGACAAUCUCAAGGGUGUGGAAGACCUAAUUCAGAACUCGGGAAAGAUCUAUGAAAUCAAGGAUUUGCACACGACAUUUUUGCUUGAGCGUGCAGCUAUCCAUACACACCACGGUCUCGAUAAGAAGGCCCGAGCGGACCUCGACCAAGCGGCCUCUGAGCGCAAGUUCGAAUUUGCACUGACUGGUUUGAUGGGCAAGAGAACAAAGUUCCAGCAAAAAGACACAAGUCAAUUGAUUGUACUUGCUCGGAGCGCGGGAUCAGAAGCCAGUGGGACCACAGAAGAAACCUCGAAGCCCAAGAAGCUGGAUCUGAAUGACGACACACUGCUCGAGUCUAUUUCAUUUACAAACGACGCUGUUUCCACUGAGAUCAAAGACGAGUCAGAAAUCCCUGCAUCGCUUCAAUCGAUAGACCCGUCGAAUCAACCACUGCUCGAUCCACUCGACUCGGUCAUUAUGCUUUCGCUGGCCGAGAGUAUCAAGAACACCAACCCCGCAGAUGGCCUUACACGCGAGCAAACGGAGCCGUACGCAACACGAGUGCUGGAGGGCGGCAGUUCCAAUUGGCAAGUUUACACUCAGGCUCUUCUCGUGCGCAGUCGUAUCGAAGGUUAUAAGCCGCGUACCAUGGAGCGAGGCUUGCUGCAACUACAAGCACUUGUCGAUCAAUCGGCGUCUGUUGAAGAGCGUCUACGCUACAUCUUCCCGCUCUGUUCGCCGUCGCGAUGGGAACUCGAGUCUGAGCUGGCAGCUCGCUGGGUUGCAUUGGGUGGUCUCCGAUCUGCGCUUGAAAUCUACGAGAGAUUGGAACUGUGGGCUGAAGCAGCAUUGUGCUACGCUGCUACUGAGAAGGAAGACCGAGCACGCAAGAUUAUCCGAAGACAGCUUUUCCACGCCACCAACGGCGAUGACGAGAAGGUGGAUAUGGACGCAGAAAUGUGGCAAGGAGCAGAACGAGAUCCUCCACCAGCCGAAGCACCACGCUACUACUGUAUACUAGGUGACAUUGACAAAGACCUCUCCCUCUACGAAAAAGCAUGGCAAGUAUCGGGAAAACGCUAUGCUCGAGCCCAACGCUCGCUCGGUCAACGCUACAUCGCAGCGCGCGACUACGAAAAAGCAGCAGAGGCCUAUUCGCUCUCGUUGAAAAUCAACGCCCUCCACCACCCGGCCUGGUUUGCCCUAGGCUGCGCCCGCCUCGAGCUCCACGAGUUCAAAAACGCCGUCGAAGCCUUCUCGCGCUGCGUCCAGCUCGACGACCAAGACGCCGAAGCAUGGAGCAACCUCGCGGCUUCGCUAUUACACCUGCGCCCCAAGCAAGUGACAAACCACCCGCGCACCGAUGCACUCAAGGCCUUCAAGCGCGCAGCAACAAUCAAACACGACGACUACCGAAUCUGGAACAACGUCCUCGCCGUCGCCACAUCGACGAGCCCGCCCUCGUGGCAAGACGCCAUCACAGCCCAACGCCGCAUCUGCGAGCUGCGCGGCCAGACGGACGGCGAAAAAUGCGUAGACGCCGAGAUCCUCAACAUGCUCGUCAAACACGUCGUCUCAUCCGACGACGGAUUCGAUAUCUCGCGCCCCGGCCUCGCGCGCAUGGCAAACGACCUCAUUGAAAAACACGUCAAGCCGCUGAUUACGGUUUCCCCGCACCUCUGGAUCAUACUCGCCACACUGUAUACGCACACGCAGCGUCCCGCGUCGGCGCUCGAGUGCCACGAGAAGGCGUGGCGGGCGGUGACGUCGCAGCCGCGCUGGGAGGCGGGCACGGAGGCGGAGUGGAAUGCCGUCGUGGAUAUGACGGUCGAUCUGGUGGAUGCGUACGAGACGCUUGGUCCGCGUGAGCGCACUGAGGGAUUGAGUGCGGGCAGUGGCGAGCUGGUGGCCAAGGACUGGAAGUUCAAGAGUCGCAGUGCGGUUAGGAGUGUUAUGGGCAAGGGCAAGGAGAAUUGGGAGGAUACGGCUGGGUGGGAGAAGUUGGUCGAGAGGUUGGAGGAGUUGAAGGCGAGGGAAUAGUUGUGGGCAUGUGGUUGUAGUGUUUGUGAGGUAAGGGACUAAAGAUUAAAAGUUGAUAGAUGGUUAUAGGAUUCACCAAUUUCGUCGUUGUUGUUGUU